UGUGACUAAGUAUUUACGUAGUUAAAAAAUAUGUUUGUACAGUGUUUGAGAAAAUGCUCGGAGGCGGGAUACUAAAUGGAGGUUGACGAGAGAUCGCAAGGUGCGACUUGGCGCUGGCCGGUUCUCGUCUCGGUCAUUGUUCUAAACAUUUGCCUGCCAAGUCUCGUGCUGUCGUACGGAGUGCUGUGGGUGUACCUCUCCAACCACGACGUCACCCUGUGGCUCGGGUUCACGACACCAUCAAUAUUCAUCUGCACACACGGUCUAACACAAUGUUGGUUUAGAGAAGCAGCAGACUCAUGGGGCGGCUCGAAUGGUUACAGAGUUAUGGCGUCUGUUGGACUUGUGUUAGUAACGACCGGUCUCUUCGUGUGCGCCUUCAUACCACUGCAUUUCCAGCUGCUUGCUUACGGUGUUUUAGGAGGCCUGGGAUCUUCACUAAUAUCGGCACAAGUUGACGCAGUUAUGUUCGAAACAUAUGAUACGCGUCUUGAACUUAUUCGGGGCAUGUGUUACACCGGCCAGGCAAUCGGACAGUCUCUCUUUCCUCAUAUCUUAUUUAUCCUCAUAGAAUAUUAUGGCUAUACUUUUUCUUACAUAUUGCUAGCUGGCAUAAUGCUACAAACAUUGCCGGUAAUACUUCUCCUAAAAGUCGAUGAUCCUAGAAGAUCAGUAUACUUUACAAGAUACAAAGAGUUGUCACAAGCAUUCGUAGUAUGCAAAAACGAAAUUGACAAAUUGAACGAGUUUUAUGGCAAUGAAUUACAGUUGCACAAUUUAAGUACGAAAUGUUGGAAAAGUCCCUCUGAUGAUAACUUACAUAGACUAGGAGACUCAGAUUAUGAUAAUGGUAGAAUAGCAGAAACUAUUACCCCACCUCCUAGCCCUGAAGAAAAGAGAAGGAAUAUUUUUGGGGUUGACAUUUUACCAGAAAUACCCGAAGAGAGCGAAGAGAGUGAAACUGAUGAAAGUGACGGCGAAACAAAUGUAACUAUAAAUAAGAAACGCUUUAGUCUGGCUAUAAAAAGGUUAAGCGUAAUUGGCGAUAGUUUCGAUGAAUGCAUAGUAAAUCAAGUCCGAAGAGAUUCUCAAUCGAAUGGGGAUGUAGUUGAAAAUAAGGAUUAUUCUGAAUUGGAAGUGAGGUACGAUACAAUAGCACCUAUCACUGAUAUUCAAACGGAAAAGCUGCUGAACACAUUUAGUUUUCGAUGUCAGUCUGCCUAUGCAAAUAUGAAGAGGAAAAUGUCGAUACCUUCGUACAGAGUUUACAGGAUAAGAAGAAGGAUGAUGUACCUGAUGUAUAAUAUUAACGACACGUUUUUCAAGCCUUUGACGAGGUCCCUGUCUUGUGGAAAAUUUUAUCCAGCCUUACUAUUAAGUUUAACGAAACUAAGUUUGAUGACAGUGGGAAUUGUUCUGAUGCCAUUGAUAGGCCUGCAGAUUCGGCCGAAAAUAGCAAUGUACGAGACCAACUUUUUGAUGUCUUUGCACGGAUUCACGUGGAUAUGUUUCUUGUUGUGUACGCCAUGGUUGGCCCAAACGCCAAAGAGAAAUUUCAAGUACGUCGUUACAUUGGGACUCGUUGUAUCAACGUGUGCCUGUUUUGUGCUAGCAGAAGCUAAUAAUCACGAUUCGUUUGCAAUCGGCUGCGUUAUAGCUGGCUUUGGGUACGGGGCAAUUACCUCGUGCUGGGAAUCUACAGUCCAAGAGUUUGUUGGUGCCCGAAAAUGGCCAAAACUUCACAGCACCAUAGAAACCUUAUCAGCUACACUCUUGGCCAUAUUCGUUGUUGGCCUAUCGUACGUGGUGGAACAAGAUAAUGGACUACAAUUCAUUAUGUUUAUAUUAGGUUUACUAACAGCUGUGGUUUCAUUUAUAUGGAUCAUAAUCGCCGGUGUGUCGAUUUACAAAACCAAAGUGCGGACGUUAAGCUUGAGACGAAAAUGGACGUUUUGAUUUUUAAACUUACGAUAUUAUUCUACUUCUCUCUAUUGACUGAAUUUAUUUUUGGAAACGAAUAUUUAUAUCAAGUUGACAAUAGAAUAACUUUUUAUACGCUUGAGCGCGUCAUAUAAAUUUUCAAAGACGUUAAAAUGGUUGUGAUAUUAUGUAGAAAAUAUUAUUGCAUGCUUAUUAUAAUCUUUAAUAAUAUACCUUUAGUUAUAUGUGUAUAGCUUUACUAUAAUAAUAAUUUAUGACAAGAAUAUAAGUUUUAUGACAAAAUAA